GAAGCCUGGAAAGUGGUGCGAUGGCGCGUCCUUUCUGUGCGGAUACGUUCCGUAUACUGAUAUUUAUAAGGACCGUGAGUUCCCGGGUAGUCUUUUUUCGCCGGUCGGUGAAGGCGGAAAGGGUGGGUGUACUAUUUUGUCGAGGCGGAAUUUCUCAACUUUCCCAGCUUUUUAAAAAAAACCUUUAUUUUUAUCAGGUCUCCAUCCGCUUUGGAAUACAAAUACAUACUGGCGGGGUGGGUUAAACGAGCAAUUCCACAGAAUUGUCGUGCACUAUUACGUUGCAUUUCAGACAUAUUUGGACAGGGUUUUCUUUAAAGGGACAAUAGUGAUCUCACUAUAGUGUGGGUGGAACGAAGAGACGUCGUCGGUGACGUCUGUUUGCAAGUGAGAAAUUUGCCACGACUUUUGUUUGCGUGAACUAAUUUCAAGUAAAUAUAAGCGGCUUGGCUCAUUGCCGAGAAUAAUAGUGACUAUUGAAUUGUUUCGCUUUCGCAACUCGGUUUGGAUAACCUUUUCAAUUUUGCUUGAUGUUUUUCUUUUGUUUUAUUGGCUGAGAAGUGUAAGAGAGAAGAAAAUCCGAAAUAGAUGUUAAAAACGAAAACUAGUCGAGUCCGGUUUCAAGAGAAUUUUCACGCCCUUUUCGUUUUACUAGUGUGGCCAACAUGCUCCGGUGGGGCUGUAUGUGUACCAGCAGACAACAGAUGACUGAAUUCUACAAUCAACAAAUAAGUGCGCGCGGACUUGUUUGUUUUCUGGCGGACUUUGUUACGACGAGAAGGAGUUGUCCGGCGCCGGUGUCUUCGUGUCUUGCGAGCCAAAAGUCUAGACUGAAUUUGUCGACUGGAUCGAGAUAAAGGAUAUAGGCACGAAAGAGAAGCAAACAAAACACGCGUAGGCCAAAUUUGAAGGGCACAUCACAGACUCGGUGAUCCGGUAUGAAAUUAUAAAUAUAUAAGGAAAAUCCAACGCACCUACGGUCGAAUUGGUUUCAUUGAUGUUGGAACAUUUUAUCAAGAAAUGAAUUGUGACCUUUUAUUUGAUGGAUGGACACAUAUCGGUUGAUAUGCUGUCUACACGAGAAAUUCGUGGAAGUGCGAGACCGAAAAAUCGCACGUAAACAGACGGACCGACUGUGUUUUAAAGGAUCUACUGGAAUGAACAUUAUAAAGCGAUUGCCGACAUUGAUCUUUAAAAGGCUUUCUUAGAAAUCAAGAAACCUGGAGUGGAGAUCCUGGAGAUCGCCCUGCUAGUUGUUUAUAGGUAACGAAAUUGCGCAGCGAAAUGGCCAGCACUGCUCAUUUUGUGUGAGACCCACUCCAGUAUUAACAAACCGGAUCUCGGUCAAUUUCUAUCUCUUAAGUGAGAUCAACUAUUACAUUACUUCGGAAACAGCAGGAUCCAGAAAUGAACGCUGCUGGUUGGACCCUAAGACCUAUAAGAACAAUAUUUAAACUAAAUAAUUGAAGUAACCAUUUUAAAGUGCAAUGAUGUUGUGUCUAAAAAAAAAACGAGACGACACUCGUUUACUCACAGUCGGCUAGAUUGAACCGCACGCAUGAGUUCUCAAUCAACACGGCAGCCGCGGAAGUCUGGAAGUAACGGAUCCACCCGGCUCGGUAAAAUUAAUUUGAAAAUGUUACCUUUUUCUUGGGAGUGCGGCUAUAAAUAACAGUUGACCUACCGAUCCUAUUUACUAUUGCUUGUUUUCGGUUUAAACAAAUGAGAUUUUGAAGAACGAGAAAAGGUUUUUAUUGCCUACACAUAGAUGGCGUUGGCGCAAUGAAUUAGCAGACGACGAAGAAGUAAACACAACACCUCCAUACAUAAGGAUGUUGAGUUUAUGGGCUGUGUCCACUGCAACUGCAUGUCUCUUUUAGCUCGCAGUCGUGCACAUAAAAAAUACCAACACCACUACUUUGUCUCUAUAUUAAUCUAAUUAUUCAUUUGGAGGCGUAUUUUUGAAAACUCUUAAUUUUUAACAACAUGGAUAAAACUUGUUACUUUUUUCGAAUCCCAACCGAAGUGAUGUGCAUGAUUGUUGGUCACUUGUCGCCAGAUGAUAAAAUUUCUUUCAAAUUUGCAUACCCUCAUUUUUUCUGUCAGCACAGGCACAUAAAUGUUAGGGAAGCCUUUGCCUGCAGUCAAGAAAACAUUGGAGAAAUACUUCUUCAUUACAACUCAGAUGUGGUGACUAAAUUAGAUUUUAACUUUUGUUAUUGGUUGUCGGGGAAAGAAAUCAGUGAAUUUGCUAAGAGUUGCAGUUAUCUCAAAGAGUUAUCUGUGGCACAUACGAAAAUUCACACAAGUGACAUUGCUGAAGUGCUCUUUGAGAAUAUGAAAAUAUCUAAACUUUCCUUAAGUAUUGAAAGCCCAAAAAAUUAUUGGUGUGUCGAAAACUCUGUUGUUGAAUACCUGCAGCAGUUACAAGAAGAUCCUAUUGGAAUGUCUGGCAAGAUGUUUUGGCAAAAUCUUCUUUCAUUGUCUCAGUUCGAAAGUGCCAAAGAGUCUUUGGCUCAACUUAGUUACUUAGAUCUACACAUUGGACAGGAUCCACUUAUUUUAGGAACAAUUCUGAGUGCAUGUGAAAAUUUGGAAACCCUUUGCUUAAGGCUAAAUUUGGAGGAAAGAAAGUCAGCUCAAGAAGAAUUAGAGACAGAAAACAUGACCUCAAGAAAAGAAAUUAACAGCUUGCUUGACAUUUUAGCUUUGAAAAAUGACGAGUACUGCAGCCCUGUCCCUCCGCGUUCGUUGAAAUCCAUUGCCGUGUUGGUUCACGGUAGAAGCAAGAAUGCCGAAGGUCCCAUGGAGAAAUUCAUCCAGAAAAUUGUUGAAAGCACCAAUAGCCAUCUGCAAUGCUUGUGGACUGCCGUACCCUUUUUAAAUGUGCGCGAUUCCAGCUUUAAUAUCAGCAAUAUGGUUGCUUGGAAGGAGACGAAGAAUUAUAAUAAUAUCAUCUUAUUACCCUUCAAACGUCUGCCAUCUAUUGAAAGUGUGGCUUGCAACAAAUACAUGCAAAGGGGAGACUUUAAUCUGCCGCAGUUGAAGCAGAUUGAAUGCGGAUUUUGGAAAGAUAACUUUGCUAGUUUUUGCCGCGCUCAUCCUGUCUUGGAAAAAUUACGACUGAACAAGCGCCCGUGCGAAGUUUCUGAGCUUUACAGCAUUGUCGAUUGGAGUCGUCUACCGCCAGUCAAAGUCCUUUCUGUUCAUUCACGAAUCAUCUACGCGUCAGAUUAUUUACAAAACAGUUGGAUGAGAAAUCGAGCUGAAAGAGCACUAUGCAUGCUGCUCAAGGAGUGCAAGUCGCUGGAAGAACUUGAAAUUGGACCAGAUUUCAGCGAAACCCCCGAUGCGUUAAUAAGAAAUUUACGAGAAACAUUUCUCACAGCCGAUUCUCUGUGUGGGCUGACGCUGUGUGCAAAUCUAAAAAAGUUUUCACUGAAUUCCGUUAAAAUAUCUUACAAACAAGAGGAGAUCAACGACACUUCGUUACUGGAAGAGAUCGUUACAAAAUGUCCCAAUCUUGAAUCGCUGAGGAUACAAGAUUUAAGCAUUGGCUUAACCAACCACGGUGCCGGAGAACGUCAGGUUGCUGUACUGGAAAGACUUUAUUGGUCUUGCAUAGAGCGAUGCUGCCUGACACUUCGAUCCGCCCAUAAACUUCGUGUGCUGAGAUGGAAGAUGCGCAUCGUUUCCGAAGCCUACGACAAGUUGAUUUGGCUCUUGACGAAUUGCCCUUCAUUGAUACAGUUGGGACUGAUCGCCACUACAGUGCACUGCGGACUUGAUAUGUACACCUGGGAUGAGGCGACAUUCACGACCUUCUUCGUUGACUUGGUCCAGCGUUUGCCCAAAUUGAUCGCCCUCUUGAUCGUCCUUCCCGGCGUCUCCGUUUCUCACUGCGUUGCAGCCACAGCGGCUCUCGAGUCCAAGUUUCGCCCGGUUCGCCCCUGUUUCUGUGUGCAAAUCACCGACAGUCUGGAAAGUCCCAAUCCACCCAGUUUGCCCUGGAUCCACUAUCAAGCGCUGGCCUGCGACCCCUACACAUCAGUCGGCGAGUUACCAUUUCAUUUUACUACGUCCGACAGUCACUUUUGAUUUCCUUGUUAAGAUCUCAUCAUUAUUUACCCACUUGCAAUUCGACGUUCAACGUAAAAAAAUCUCCCCAAAAUUUUUAUCACAACUAGACUCAUUUGAUUGAUUGACCAUGUUAAAUUUUUAUGACUCUUAAGACACGUGAAUCAAUCAAUAUUGUAGUGUUUGGAAAUGUGACAACUUUCGUGGAUACGGAAAAUUGCCACUUGAUGAAUUUUGUACAUUUGACGUUCGACUUUUUCUAUACAAUCACUUCGCUAUU